UCCGUUGGCGGGGAAAUCCCCAGGUCCAUCGACGUUGGUCGGUUACAGUCACCUGAUCGGUGGUAGCUUGGUGCUUUCGUACCGAGAAACGAUGCUUCGUUUCCGAGAGACCAAGAGCUGAUACUCCUGCGUAGUUUUCAAAGCCUUCUGCUGUGUUUCUGGUCACAGAUGUAACUUUGCAGAAUGUCACAGAGGGGACGAAGUCUCAGUCCACACGGCGCCUCGGCCUCUGCGCCCCAGAAACCCAAGAAUGGAAAAAGGAAACCCAACGAUGAUUAUGACAAGAGGUCUAUUCUGGUGUCCAAUAUACCACCUACCCUAUCAGAUGACAAGGUGAUGAUCCACUUCCAGCGAACAUCUAGCGGUGGGGGAGAUGUCAGGCAGGUCAGGAGGCUGUCACCUUCACAGGCCAAGGUCAUCUUUGAGGAUGUGGAAGUCAUCGACAGAGUAGUAGCAAAGAAGCAUGAACUGGAUGGAGUGACCCUGCAGGUGGAGGCUUGGUCAUCUUUCCUGGCCAGGGCACUGGAGGUGGACAGAACCAGUCAUAGAGAGUCCAACUGUGUUCAGCGUGCUACAGUGAAAAUUCACCAGCCAGUCUCUCAACAUGUGUGGGACAGUUAUGAGGAAAAGAUGUUGAAAACAAACAACUCAUUGAAAGGAUCAAGGUCAACAACAAAUGGCACAAUUACUUUGAAAGGGAGCUGGAAUGAGGUGGUUGAGGCUAGAAGUAUUUUCUUUGACUCAAUACUUAGUGAAGUCGAUGAAGCUGAAUCCCCCUCAAGACUGGAUUCCAAGAGGAUGGGAUCUAGGAAUGGCCAGCAUCAGACAGAUGAAAGUGUGGCCAACAACCUGAAAAAUCAUCACAAUGCUUCCCAUACAACACCUGUAGAUGACAGCCAACAGCUGCAAGGAGCUGUAAACCAUGGGACAGAGAAUCCUGAUGAAGGUCACCCAUUGGACAGGGUUGAUUUGGACAGAAAGCAGGGGGAAGGAGCAAGUAAAACAACACCAUACAAGGAAAAAGAACAGAAUAGUGGUGCAUGUAAUCACAGGAGUUCCUCAGAAAUGAUCAAGAAUGGCCAGAAGGGUGAUGAUGACACUGUUGGAUUUACUCGUAGUCAGAGCUUAGAGCCAAUGGAAGAAGAUGGCCUGAAUGAAGCAAUGGAAUAUGCAACACUAGGAAGCUUUCGGCGGUCAAUAAGUGCCCCUGGUAAUGCUUCGUCAGCAUAUGGGACAAGCAGCAUAGGACCAGUAGGACCACAAUCAUAUGAGACACAUAACUCGCCAUCAUCUUUGGAUCCCAUGGAACUGAACAGUUCAAAAUACAGCUCUGGAAGCAAAAAUCAAGGUAUGGCUGGUUCAGGUACUGCAUUCUCCAUCCCUGGUAACCACAAGACAAAAUCAUCUGAUCCGAGAAUGGCUCUGGGCAGUGAACCAAUGGAUCAAUCUGGACCUCCACGGGACAGAACAAGCACCAGUAGCACUUACAAGCUGCCAGAAAUCUCUGCAGAAGAGAGAGAUGAGGAAGCAGAGACCAUUGUUGACCAGACAGUUGAUCCAGAUAUCAUGUCCUACAUCAUCAAGGUACACAGUCCUGAAAUCAAUAUGAUGGCAAGGAAGCAUGGGGUCCAUUUUGAUCACAGCAAAUACAACAGCACAGUGUACAUAAAAGGGAGUAAGAGGAAUGCAAAAGCCGCAUUAGAUGACUUUAUCACCUUGUACCAGAGCUUGUUCAGUAAUCUGCAGUCUAAAUCUCUUGAUCUUUGUUUGCAUGAUUUGAUGGCAGAAGAAUGUAUGAAUGCGGUGGGACUUGCUCAGGAGCAUCACCCAUCUGUUCUCAUCAGCAUAAAGAAAAGAGAUGGAAAGGUCAUGUUCAUUGGUGAAGAGCAAGAGAUUCGUGCAGCAAGAGCAACCAUAUGUCGUCUGUUGAACAUUACUGAGUCAAGAAGGAGACGAGGCAAUGUAUCAGGUACAUCUUCUAAAAAUAGACCCCAGCUUAAGUGGUACAACCUCAGCAUGCCAGGUCGUGUGCUGUUUCAGGAGAAGACAACAGGAGUACAGAUAGAUAUAAUAAAGGGAGAUAUCACCAGUCAGAAGGUAGACACCAUUGUCAACGCAGCCAAUUCUUCCCUUUCACUUGCAGUAGGAGUGUCUGGAGCCAUCAGUAGAGCAGGAGGCAGAGCUAUCCAGACAGAAUGUGAUAACAUCAUCAAACAUGGUAGCCUAAGGACAACAGACUGUGUUUGGACUACACCAGGGAGACUUUCAUGCACGUACAUUAUUCACGCUGUUGGUCCAAACUUUGUACCAGGUUGUGAGUCAAGGUGCAAGCAGGAACUGUAUGACACUUGUCAGAAAGUGCUCAACAUAGCUGCCUCUAGGUUGAAUGCCAAAUCCAUUGCUAUGCCAGCCAUCAGUUCAGGUGCAUCUGGGAUGCCCAGGAGACUGUGUGCAGAAGCUAUGUGUAGUGCCAUCAUGGACUUUGUAGAGAAUGGGCAGGGCAUUGGUAGCAGUCUUCUUGAUAUCAGGAUUGUGGACUAUGACAGAGAAGCUGUCAAGGCAUUUUGUGAUGUUUUCAAGGCAAAAAUUGCUAAAGACAGCACCAGUGGAGCAACAGGCCAAGGAACAGGCUUCACCUCCAGUGGAACAGGCUACACUGCCAGUGGAGCAGGCUACACUGCCAGUGGAACAGGCUACACUGCCAAUGGAACAGGCUACACCACCAUUGGACCAGGCUACACCACCAGUGGAGCAGCGGGCUAUACCACCAGUGUCACAACAAGUUACAACACGAAUGUCACAACAGGUAACAGCACCAGUUGGAACAUGACACCAAAAUAUCCACCCAUUUUACCAAACUAUGGGUCAACAAGCCACAUUGCAUCAAGCUCCAUAACCUACCCAGGUCCUACCCAGACAUACGUCACUGCAAGUUCUGCUUCUUACCCACACUGCAAGUCAACAGCAACAAGCUAUCCUCAUUCUACUCCAAACUACCCUAGACAUGGUGACCUUACACAGACACAGACUUCUCCAGGGGCCAGUGCAACCCAGCCAAGUCAGUCCCACUCAACCUAUUGGCAAACACAACCUUCUAACAGUCGGAACACCUCAUCAUUCUCCUCACCCAGAGCAUCGUCAGCAUCCUCUGCAUCUGGAAGCUCGGACAAAGAAGACACCUGCCCAAUCUGCCUCUGUGACUUCACUGGGCCGGUAACAACCACACGUUGUAAGCACAAGUUCUGUUCUGGCUGCCUGGACAGUGCCUUGAAGGUUUCCGGUCAGUGUCCUGUCUGCAAGGCUGUCAUUGGACGACUGAAAGGCAACCAGCCUCCAGGGACGAUGACACAUCGCAUUGACUACCUAAACCCCCUUCCUGGCUAUGAAUCCUAUCGUUCAACAAUUGAAAUCUACUACUACUUCCCUGAUGGUGUACAAGGGCCAGAGCAUCCAAACCCUGGGAAGCCCUAUACUGGAACAUCACGGAGAGCCUACCUUCCAGACAAUGUGGAGGGGAACGAGGUGCUCCGUCUCCUGAAACGAGCCUUUGACAGCCGUCUUGUCUUCACCAUCGGCACAUCAGCGACUACAGGACUGACCGAUACUGUGGUCUGGAAUGACAUCCACCACAAAACCAGCAAGUAUGGCGGACCCAACAGCUAUGGCUAUCCUGAUCCUCAGUACUUGACAAGAGUGAAGGAGGAGCUGGCUGCCAAGGGGAUCAAAUAGAUAGGCUACAAAGGGGAUCAAGUAAAUUGUGCAUGAUUAUACUUUUACAUACAAUUGCCCCAUAUGUUAGCUUCUUUAUGGAAGUGAAGCGUGAAGACUAGCCGAAUGCUGCCUACCCCUGUGUCAGGGAACCCCGUAGCUGUGUCCAUUUCAAUUAGCAGUUCAACCAUUGAUAGCUUAGCAAUCAGUAGUUUAGGCAAUGUUUGGCUAGCCUGGGUACCAUCCGGAAAGUAGUUCCGGGGUUAGUUAUACACCGCAUUCAGUCGCUUCUCGCUCGGACAUUUAUCAUACACUAUAUACAGUCGCUUCUCUGCUGUUCCAUCUGGGAUCCUUGGCCACGUUUACAUCUGGAGUUGUCCACAUUUUGGAUGAGGGCGCUGAUUGGUCUCUAUACAUGAGCGAAUUAAGGAAUGGGUUCAAGAGCUCAUUUGAACAGGCGAUCCAACACCCAAAAAGCCCUCCAUCUGCUUGUGGGAGGGCCUGUUGUCAUCAAACGAGCGCUCUAGAACCUAUUCCUUAAUUUGCUCAUUUACUGACCUUAGCAUCAAACAGUUAAAAUGUGUAGGUCUCCAGACGAGUAGCACUGAAGUGAACAUAGGGGCGAACUACUAUCCGGAUGGUACCCAGGCUAAUGUUUGGAUGUUUGGCUGCAUGUCUGUCAAAUAUAUUAUUAUACAAACUAAAGUAGAUGUUUUAUGUUUUUUGUUGUUUAUUUUGACACUUUGAAGUAGGUAGGUUGUUGGGGCUAUGGAAUCUGUCUGUAUUCAGCAUUGAGUGGUUGAGGGCAUAAUCAGUUCUGUUUCACAAUUUGUGAAUAGUUCAAUGUAGUAAUGCUAGUUCACCUUUAUCUGCGGGGUAACCUAUAUCAUUUUUAGGGGUUUUAGGGGUUUUAAAUGACAGAAUAUGGUUUACCACACAGAUAAAGGUAAACUAAUAAUUAUCAUUACAUUUUGUAUAUAUAUAUAUUGCAGACUUUGUGUAUAGUUUGGGGUGUCAAUUUUUAUAUAAGAUUUAGGAUGUACUUGUAAAUUAUUUACAUGAACUGGUAUAUCUUAAAUAUCAUAUGCAUGUAAUCUCCAAUACAAAAGAAAACUGUUCAAUUGAAUUGAUUGUGUCAUAAUGGCCCAAAACUUCCAAACAAUCCCCAGAUUCGUGAUAUGCCCCCCCCCCCCCCCCCCCCCCCACACACACACAAAAUUAAUAUUUAAUCCUGGAAUGAGAGAGUGCAUAGAAAGUAUAUGAUAAUGAUAAUGAUGGAAAGUUUAUUUUCUUGUUGUAAUAUAUUAAUGACUAAAGUUAUAUUAAUGACAUUUUCAUACAUGCAGCUUCGGCUGUUGUUAAGCCCCCUUUACAAAUCAAGAAUUUAGCUCGCCCGAGUUGUCAGCGAGCUCUAAAUUACGAGGAGGUAUGACUCUGAUGCCGACGAACAAAUGGCAGAUUUUCUUCGUCGGCAUCAGCUUAAUACCUCCUCGUAAUUUAGUGCUCGCUGACAAUUCAACUCGACCGAGCUAAAUUCUUGAUUUGUAAAGUGGGCUUUACCACAUCAUUGUAGAGGGAUGAAAGCAAAUUAGCCAAGGAUUUCAUUUCGGAUGCAAGGCAUGUACAGGCUAUGCAACAUAUUGGUGCUCUAAAUACACAAUGGUUUAAUUUCAUUACCAAUUGAUUUGCUGACAAGUAUAUCUGUACACUAUUCCCAUGGCGUUCAGUGUGUCUUCAGCAUUUGUGUGGAAAUCUGCAAAUACAAUAUACUUAAUUC